GAAUCACUCGACUAGAACAAAUAUCAAAAUGUUCAAGAACCAUCUUGCUAUGAUUGGCAUGAAUGAGACGCCAAACAAAAAGGCCAAGUUUUGGCAGUCAUACAUCAGAUCCUUGAAGGGAUCCGAUGAUAUUCGUGCACACGACACUCCGGCCUACCGGCGACCGAUCCUGCUGUUCGACGAACCGGACACCGCCGUCGGUCGCAUCAACUCGCCCGGCUAUCACUACUUGCCGGUACACCGGGAAACCUACGGCUACUCGCCCCGGCCAAUCUACGACCAUCACUACACGCGUUCGCAGAGAGCACCAAGCGUAAACAGACUGGCCGAUGCUGAGAAAGCCUGGGCUGACCAUUUGGAGCGGAUGCGGGAAAUUGACCGCAGAUACCCAUCGCGCUACGGACUGUACCUCAAGGACAAACCAAGCCAGGUGGUGUUUCCGCAGGAGAUGGAGUACGAACCGGAGACGAAGCCGCUCUACUCGACGCUGCACUAA